UCUUUCCUUGACGUACGUAGCUGGGAAUUGAUCAUCAGGUUUCAUGGGGAAACUAUCACUGCAGAACCAGAAAAACAAUGCUCAAAAUAAUAACUUUAGUAAUACUACAAGUAAUGGUGUUACCAAGGUGAAGAGAACUAGGAGAAGUGUUCCAAGAGACUCACCUCCUCAGCGUAGCUCGAUUUAUCGAGGGGUCACUAGGCAUAGGUGGACAGGUCGAUAUGAAGCUCAUCUAUGGGACAAGAAUUGCUGGAAUGAAUCACAAAACAAGAAAGGACGCCAAGUCUACCUUGGUGCUUAUGAUGAUGAAGAAGCGGCUGCACAUGCUUAUGAUUUAGCAGCACUCAAAUACUGGGGUCAAGAUACCAUCCUUAACUUUCCGUUAUCAACAUACCAGAAGGAAUUGAAAGAAAUGGAGGAUCAGUCUAGGGAAGAGUAUAUUGGAUCAUUGAGAAGGAAAUCUAGUGGUUUCUCUCGGGGAGUUUCUAAAUACAGAGGUGUUGCUAGACAUCAUCACAAUGGGAGAUGGGAGGCUCGCAUUGGCAGAGUCUUUGGCAACAAGUACCUCUAUCUUGGUACAUAUGCUACACAGGAAGAAGCUGCCACAGCAUACGAUAUGGCUGCGAUAGAGUACCGGGGAUUAAAUGCAGUGACAAACUUUGAUUUAAGCCGUUACAUCAAAUGGCUUAAGCCUAAUCAGACCAACACCGAAAGUAACCCUAGCCCUAAGAUAGAAUCUACUUCAACAGUAACAACAAGCUCUACUCAAGAACUUAACCUAAACUUCUUCAACAACAACCAGUUGCAAGCCUCCAACCCUAGUGAUCAAUCUUUGCCGACUCAGCCACGGCCUACGAAUGCCACUUCAGCCCUGGGGCUUCUUCUUCAAUCUUCAAAAUUCAAGGAGAUGAUGGAGAUGACUUCGACUGCUGAUCACUGCCAAUUGACACCAGUGGUAUCUGAACCAGUGCAAUGCAGCUUCCCUGAAGACAUACAAACCUACUUCGGCUGUCAAGAUUCGAGCAGUUAUGGAGAUGCUGAUGAUAUUAUUUUUGGUGAGCUUAACUCCUUCAUGCCGCCAAUGUUUCAAUGCGACUUUGAUGCCUAGAGGAAGCUAAAUUUAGUGAUUAUAUAUAUAUAUAUAUAUAUAUGCAUCGAGGAUGACUUGUCCCUAACUUUUCUUAUUUAUCACUUAUAUAUAUACCAAUAAAGAUGUGUAGGUGCUUUGUGAAUACAAGAGCCCUAUCUAGGAUCAGAUUUGGCUGAAGUGGAAAGAGUGGUAGGAGUUUAGAUUUGACUUAGCCUAGAAAUUAAACAUUACAUAAAGGGAGAAAAGGCUAAGAAGGAAAAGAAUAUGCAG